AUGGCUGCCCAUCUGCGAUCUAUCAGCUUGCCCACAAGGCCGCACUCCCUGGUCCUCAAAGCCGAGCAGGAGCUGCAGCGCCUCAGGUCCUGCUGCUGCGUGUCCACGCCCCCGCCACCAGCGCACGCCCUGCGCGCUCUGCUCCAGGACCUCAGCGACCUGCACGAGUACGUCGAGGAGGUCGUCCGCCUGCCCAGCAACUGGGACGCGCUCCGCCUUCCCCGGCACCGGCGGCUCGUGGAGGGCGAGCUGGAAGGGUUGGUGACGCUGCUGGACCUGUGCGGCGCGGCGCGGGACGGCCUGGCCGACGCCAAGGAGCGGGUCCGGGACCUGCGCUCGCUCCUCCGCAGACACCGCGCGGCGAACAGCCACGAAGCACCACGCCGAGGCGGUGACGCCGCCGCUGUCAGUGUCAGCGCCAGGGCGGCGGAGAAGUGUGCCGGGCCGCUGAAGAAGGUGGCCAGGGCGAUCAGGCGGGAGUCCGGUAGGCGUGCUGGUGCUGCCCUUGACACCACCAGGGACGAUCUCUCUUGCGGCGGCGCGCCGCCGAGGGCGUUGGCGAUGCUGGCGGAGGUCAGGGAGCUCAUCGUCUGCGUCCUGCAGUCGUCCAUGGAAGCUCUGCUGAGGCAGGUCGUCGUCAGGCGCACAACAGGAGCAGGUCGUUCGGGUCCGGGGAAGCUCGGGAAGGCGCUACUCGUGUUUGGCUCUUUCGGCGCCAUCAAGGACGUUGCUGGUGGCAACGAGCCGUCGAAUGCUCGGAGCCAUUUGCAGUCGCUGGAGGGCUGCAUCGAAGGCCUUGAGGACGGAUUAGAGCGCCUGUUUAGGAACCUUAUCAGAAGCAGAGUUUGCCUUCUUAACUGUGUUAGUUUGUGA